AUGAGUCCAGCGGCCAUCGGUGGCCCCCACCUGCGAACUACCUCAAUCAAUGGAACUGGGCCAAUCAACAACACAAAGAAAGAUGGCGUUAAUGGUACUGGCACUUUGAAUGCUAGUAGUCGAAUACUACCGCAUCUAGACGAUCUGGUGAAUGCGAAACCACUUGUCGAUAGACAGUCCUCGUUACGGAAGUUGCUGGAAGCUGGCGAAGAAGCCGCGAAACAUGCGGAAACAUACCUAGACUUUAAACGCCUGGACUUGGCUCUUCAACAGUACAUCAUAGCCUUUACAAUAGCCGUGGAAUAUAUCCCCCAGAGUCCGCAUUAUCCAGAUCUAAGGAGUAGGUCGGAUUACACUCGACUAUACGCUGGCUUGCAGAAACGGCUCAAUGUACAACAUCAUAAAUUCGAGGAAGUCAAGAAAAUAAUCAAGGAGGAUAACACAAGAACCGGAGUCAGCCCAUCUAGUUUACUUCCGUACAAUGGACAAUCUGUUCCUGGAAAUGCCAAUAACAUUGCAUUCAAGCCAACCAUAUCCGAUGUCAAUAGCAACCCAACCAAUAAAAAGAUUGAACCCCGUCAAAAGCCAGUGAUACAACCGAAACCACAAGGGCUUCAUGGCAAUUCUAUACAAACAGCAAAUGGCGUAUCAUCCAGUCUGCCCAGCUCAUCCGAGAGCGACUUGGCCGCAAGAUUCGCACGUUUGAGGAGUCAAAAUACUACAACCCCUACUCAAGAUCCUAGGAUUAGGACUCAACAAAUUACUAUUCCAGAUGAAAUCAAAAUAGACCAAAAGUCAAUCAAUUCGGCAUCGCAGUACAAGCAAAAUGCGAGUAUAUUGCGGCCUCUCGGCCCAAGAGAAAUGCCAAUGAGCCCAGCAACUCUCAAGACAGAAAAACCCAUCCUUGACAUGGAUACUAGUGUUCCCAUGAUGCCGAGAAUGCCUGAUGCAAUCUAUAGUCCAGCCCGUAGUACAGACGUGGUUUCGACUAACAGUCAACCGCCACUGUUAUCUCGAGGGUCUUCCUACUUUAACGGAAAAAGAGAGCCUUCUAAUUCAGUCGCAAAAGUCUCUCGCAAUCGAAUCGUAGUUGACGAUGCAACUGAUUAUUUCUCUAACUCUGAGGUCAAUAAUUACACAUUUGACCAUGGUCAUCCUGAGCCUGAACCCCGGAUUGACAAGCCAUCAAUACCCAACGCUACAACUAUUACUGCCGAGCAGCUUCAUGGUUUUCUCAAAAUGGGCUCUAAAACCUUGAGUGUCUUGAUCGUGGAUAUUAGAAGCAGAGAAGAAUUCAAUGAGGGGCACAUCAUGGCCUCAUCGAUCAUUUGCAUUGAACCUAUAGCUCUACGAAAAGACAUGUCCGCAGAAGAUCUUGGGGAGGGAAUUGUUCUAUCUCCUGAACCGGAACAAAGGUUGUACGAUCAGAGGCAUACAUUUGACUUGAUAGUCUAUUACGAUCAAUCGUCGAUGCCAAUAAACACGGAACAUGUUCCAGGCGAACCUCUUAAUCAUUUGCAACAAUUUAGUAAAAUUAUCUACGAUCAUGCUUACGAUCAUCGAUUGAAGCGACGACCAAUGCUACUUGUUGGCGGUCUAGACUCUUGGAUAGACCUCUUUGGGCCGAAUGUAUUAAAGAGCGAAAUGCCUGGCAAUAAAUCUCUGGUCAGAAACAAGAAACAUGACCAUCAAGGUUUGGGUCGAGUUUCUAUAGCUCGAAGAGGUUUAGUCGCAAAGAGAACACCUAGAUUACGAACUUUAUCAGCAGCAGAGGAAGAAAAAUGGGAUCAAGCUUUAAAACAAAAUUCCGACGAUGAAUCACCUGCUCAGGAUUCUGCCAUGGACGAAUCUUAUUAUGCCAGAACUACCGAGGACUUCAUGAGGAGAUACCCAGAGCUUCCAUCAAUCAAGCAAUCCAUGGCCUCGCCAUCAAUGCCAAGGUCAUUGCCUCUCUAUGAUGGAUCAAAAAUUUCAGCCCCACCAACUCGUCCGCCACCGGCUCUUCCAAGACAGAGAUCUAAUGGCAUUUUCGAACAGACACCCUACAAGAAUUAUGCCAUGACAGGAGGAAAUUCCAGCGCUCCACCCGUAAUAGACCCUGGUCUCUGUGGAUUAAGAAACAUCACGGGUGGUCUCUGUUACAUGAACGCCAUUGUCCAGGCUAUUGGUUCCUCGCCAGGAAUAAGAAACAUGUUUAUUAAAUUCCAAUAUCCUUGUAUUCCGGAAGUCCCGAAAAAACCAGGCGAAGAUAGCCCCCCGAGGCUGUUGAUGACCCGGGCUCUGCGCAGCUUGCUACAGCAUAUGUGGUGUGGGAAGUACGACGAGAUUGUUCCAAGAAUGUUUCAACAAUACGUCCAUGCAACUGCUGUUGGCCAUGAAGGUUACAUAGGCCUUGAUCAGUCUCGCAUGGGUGACCAUCAUAGACCCGAUACAACUUUUGGAACUGCUAGACAGCAUGAUGCCAACGAGUUUUUAGCUUGGCUUUUUGAUGUUAUCAUGGACGAACAAAAUAUCCAUCGCGACAAGACUGGACUUUUAGGUGAUGUCUCAACUUUUUCUGCAAAGGAGAAAAGUGAAUUGCCAAGAACUCAAAACUGUCGCGAAGGAUACGAAAGGGCCCUUGAAACGUUGAAUUCGCCCCUAGCAAAACUUGUCUGUAAUCAAAAGAUGUAUGAGAUAGUUUGUGAGACUUGUAAGGACACUAGCGUCACCUCAGAUAUGUUAUCUCCUAUAAUAUAUCUAGGGGUUGAUCCGAAUGGAGGGUUAAAUCAAAAUUUGCACUCUCUGCUUCGGACGUAUUGCCUGACUGAAGAGAGAACGGGAUUGGAUUGCGAUGGAUGUGGUGUCACACACUCGCGCACCAAAAUCCAGAGGCAGCUCUUUUCUAGUCUCCCGGACUACCUCGUCUUUCCUUUCAAGGUAGCUCAAAUGGCUGGUGAAAUACAGGGUAAUCGCUUAAAUGUUCAAGUAAACUUUCCAUUGGUUCUUGAUAUGGCAGAGUACACAUGGCUAUCACAGAAAGACGGAUAUUCGGAUCGAGUUCUUCCGCAUCAGAAACCACCAUUCUUAUACGAUUGUUAUGCCGCGGUACAACACAGUGGAUCAACGGAAUCUGGGCACUAUUGGGCGUUGGUCCGUAGGAUAGAUCCGAAUAACAGAUGGACCGAUAAUUGGCACGAGUUCAAUGAUAGUAGAGUGAUACCAGGUAAAACUUUUGCUGAUACACAAAGCUAUCGAACUGUUAUGAUCUUUUACCGUCGUCAAGGCGCUGCUUGA